AUGGCGAGAUUCGCGUUAGGUGGAGAUGAAGAUGGAGAAGGCGAAGGAUCCCGUAUUCCCAGGCCCAAGAAGCCUCGUCUCGCUCCUAAUCUCCUUCCUCAAUAUCCCGCAGCCCGCAUAAUCGAACAACAACCACAACAACCACCGCAACCACAAUCGCAACAGCUACGGACGGUUGAGGAAGAUGAAGAAGCAGAUGAAGAAUCCGAAGGAGAAGAAAUGGAGAGUGAAAGCGAAGUAGAAGCAGACGAAGAGAGUGAAGAAGAAGAUGAAGAUGAAGAAGAAGAAGACGAGGAAGGAGAAGAAGAAAUCACCGUUGGCUGCUUACAGCAAGUAGGAAAUUCCUGCCACGUAUCGGUGCGGAUCAUGGAGUUGCUUCGGCAGAACCGCACAGCACAAGCCAACCCCAAAUUGGGUUCUGCUUCGGCCAGCCUUACAUCCAACGCCGGAGUCCAAGAGGGCAGUCCUCCUCCGAUCUCACCCGUCACCGAUGGGUCGCUUGUCUUCACCUUAGCCGACCCAGAAGUGCUUGAUUGCCUCAUUUGCUAUGAACCCUUGACCAUCCCUGUCUUCCAGAGUGUGGACUAG